AUUCAUUCGUUUGUACAGGUGUAAUUCAAAAUGGCCGGCAAGAACAUUAUCCCCAUCAAACUCGGAGAUUUCAGCGUUUUGGACUCUGAAUUCAACUCGAUCCGUGAGCGUUUCGAUUCUGAAAUGCGCAAAAUGGAAGACGAAAUGACUCGCUUCCGCUCGGAAUUGCUCAAUCGCGAGCAGUCGUCCCUGUUUUCACGCUCGUCCACCACUAGCAGCACGACCUCUUCCACCACUAACAGCUCUAUGAUGCCGGGUGUGCACAUGUCGGAGGCUCGCAAAUGGAUCGGUGAUGUCAAGGAACAAAUGUCUUCUCUUUCUUCUACCUCUUCCUCUCACAUGCACAGCGCUUUGGCCGCUCCCGCCGGUGAUUGGUUGACUGGUCUUCACUCUCCACUGAUCCAGGAAGAUGGCGAAGAGAAGAAAUUGAAAUUGCGUUUCGAUGUUGCCCAGUACACGCCCGAAGAGAUCGUCGUCAAAACAGUCGACAACAAAUUGCUUGUCCACGCCAAACACGAAGAGAAAUCCGAGACCAAAUCCGUUUACAGAGAAUACAAUCGCGAGUUCCUCCUGCCCAAAGGAACCAAUCCGGAAUUGAUCCGUUCAUCCUUAUCCAAGGAUGGUGUGCUGACCAUUGAAGCACCUCUACCAGCCAUCGCUGCCGGUGAAAAAAUGAUCCCCAUUGCUCAGCAUUGAUGCUAAAAAUGAGUCUCCCCUCCAAAUUCUUCAAUUUUCGUUUGGAUGUCAAUCGUUUUGAAAAAAUGUGACUUUUUUUGUGAGAUCACAUGCAGCAGCUUUAAGUACGAAAAAAAAAGAAAAAAAAAUCCUUGACACGAUCUUUAUUUAUCUCCGGAAUCUCAUUUUUAUGGAGGGGAAGGGGUUACAUAAUUGGAAUGAAAAACUUUUUUCCGCUUUUUAUCGUUUGAACCGCAAUAUGCACGUGCUCCGUUACACAAUGGAGCCACCCACCUUUUUUUUUGUUCUUUUUGAAAAAUGAAUUUUGUCAGUGUUUGGUGGUUAAAAAAAAAGAAACAUUUUGCAAAACAGGUUAUGAUAUUUUGUUCUUUGUAUUUUUUCACUGCCCAAAAUACACAUACACCACCGA